CCCUCUCUCCCCCUCCCAAAAUUCCCAAAUGCGAUUCCGAUUCUCGGCCCGUCAUCUCUCGGUCUUUCCCGCGGAGGCGCGUGUCUUUCACUCUCUUCAACUCGACGUCUCUCGCGGUCACUGUAGCUCGCUAUCGCUAUCGCUCUUCCCCUGUCCCUCUGUCUCUCUCUUUCUCUCUCCCCCGUCUCUGCGAUUCGACUCUCUGUCUCCGAAACUCUCUUCACUGUUUUCUCUUCACGGUGCUGCUGACCAAGAUGACUGAUUUUGAAGCGAAGGAGCCGAAGAUCAACGGGAAGGCGUCCAUCACUGAAGAGGACAUGUCGAUCCUCCUUCAAAGGUAUCCAGCCCCUACCGUGCUGACGCUGCUGCAAGAAGUGGCCAAUUUCCGGGGCGCAAAGAUCGAUUGGGAGAGUUUGGUGAGGAAUUCUUCGACCGGAAUUUCUAAUGCACGGGAGUAUCAGAUGUUGUGGCGCCACCUGGCUUACCGCGACACACUGCCUGAGAAAAUGGAAGAUGAUGCCGAGCCUGUUAACGAUGAUAGCGAUCUAGAAUUGGAAUUGGAAGCUAGUCCUGCUGUCAGUCAGGAAUCUUCGGCUGAGGCUGCAGCCUCCGUCAAGGUACUAAUUGCCUCAGGUUUACCAAGUGAGUCUACUGUCUCGAAUAACUUGACUGUCGAGGCUCCCUUGACUAUAAAUGUGCUAAAUGGCCAAUCAUCCAAAGGACGCUCAGAAAUUUUACAAGCACCUUCAUCGACGCAUAGCUUGAAUAUUACUGUUCCGGUUUCUGUUCAGAAACAACCAAUGCCAACAGUGGCAUCCUCUGGAGGAUUGGAUGGAAAUCUGCCUCUGAAAAAGAAGAGAAAACUGUGGUCCAAGGCUGAGGAUCUGGAACUUAUUGCUGCUGUGCAGAAAUGUGGUGAAGGAAACUGGGCAAACAUUUUGAAAUCGGACUUCAAGGGAGACAGAACUGCUUCACAGUUAUCUCAGAGGUGGGCCAUUAUCAGGAAGAGACAGAAGAACUUGAAUGUAGGAGCUGGAAGUUUAACCAGCACCCAGCUUUCUGAGGCCCAAGUAGCAGCUAAUCGUGCUAUGUCUCUAGCCCUUGGCAGGCCCGAGAGAAUUUUGACAUCAGGCACUGGUAACAAGCUAGCUCAAAAUCAGUCUCAACCAGCAGCUUUAAUGCCACCCAAACCAUCUCCUGCAGUGGAGUCCAGCUCGAUGGUGAAAUCUGUUGUAUCCAUCAAAAGAUCACCACCAAAGCCUAGCACUGACACUGAUUCUACUAAAAUAACAGCGGCGGCAGUGGCUGCUGGUGCUCGCAUUGCCACCCCAUUGGAUGCUGCAUCACUUAUGAUGACUGCACAGGCAAAGAAAACCGUUCGUGUAAUUCCCUCUGGAGGUAGCUCUGUAAUAAAACACACCAUGUCUGGAGGUUCUGCCAUUUCUGGAGCUUUUCCUAAUGUUCACCAUAUCCGGACCGGUCUUUCAAGUCCACCACUUUCAGGCCAAGCUGCCAGCACAUCUAGUGCUACCCGCAUAAGUUUAGUGAAACCAGCCUCAGACACAGUUCAUAGUGGCCCAGUCAUGAAUAGUCAGCAAGUUGAUGCCAAACCUGUCGAGUCCACUAAACCUCCAUUGGAGCAAGAAGCUAAAUGCAAGAAUGAAAGAGAGGUUUUCAAGCCUUGUAAUGUGCCGAAAGACCAGUCCCAAGAGCAUGGUGUUUGUGUUUUAGAUAAACAUCCAAGUCCACAAGUUGAAAUGGCUACCACUCCUCAAGCACAGGCAGAAACCAGAGAACAAGUAAAUGUCGAGAAGGAGGCCAAAGAGGGAGAGAGUCUCAAUCCCGAUAAAACAGCAGUAUGUUCGGAUGCAACGGGAAUUGGGACUCAACCUGCAGCUAAGAAGAUACCUGAGGAACCAAGUACAGAUGGGAAGCCCGGCGAGGACUUGCCAGGGUUGGCAGUAGAUAAAGAGAGAGCAGAAGAAGUUCAAGUGCUAAGAUGAGUAGCAUCAGGGACCGAGUUUUAGUCAGGCUAGAGGUUAGUUGUGCAAAUAGCAACAUUCUCUUUCUGAUACUUUCAUCUAUUUACGGACUCAGUUGUAAAGUCAGAUAACCUGGGAAAUGGUGGUGACGGAGAAAAGCUGUUGUCACUUUCGUUUCGCCUUUGUUCCAUGAGAAUCGUCAAUGGCUUAUGUUGACUUAGAAUGUUUGUACUUCGUGUAAAUGACUAUACAAGAAACAUGUUCUUGCAUGGAAA